AUGUCGUCAACGCAUGGCCAAAGUCAACCGCCACUGGACUAUUCGGACUCUGGCCCUGGUAUUCUUAUCGGUUCUUACGUGCUCGCGUUCGUCACGACUAUCGUUGUCGCAUUACGGUUUUGGGCGAAAAGAUUGACGUCCUCUCCCCUAAGACUUGACGACUACUUGAUCCUAUCUUGCCUCCUUGUCCACCAUUUCUUUAUUGUAUUUGGUACGGUAGCUGUAGUACGAGGAGGACUAGGACGGGACAUGAGAAUCAUUGCUCAGGAUCCAACCGCUGUUGUAAUUCUCUUCAAGUUUAUUUUCAUGGUCGAAGUCACUUACGGAUUCAGCUGUACUUUAGUGAAACUAAGCGUCCUUGCUUUCUACCUACGAGUUUUCCCCACCCGAACAAUACGCAUAACGUCCGCAAUUCUGAUUUUUACGAGUAUUUCUUGGACCAUUGCCGUACAAGUAGUUCAUGUGAUACAAUGCCGGCCUCUCAAGGCGUUCUGGUACCAAAACCUCCAACGACUCCCAGAAACAAAAUGCAUAGAUAUAAUACUCUUCUUGAUGGGCAACUCGAUAGCCAACUGUGUCGUUGACUUCUGUACUAUAGUCAUGCCGGUUCAGGAAGUAUUAAAAUUACAUAUGUCGAGGUCAAGAAAAAUAAGCGUAUGCGUUAUCUUUCUCCUUGGUGGCACAGCCUUUGCAGCAAGUAUGACUCGCACCCUAUCUACUGCAAGGAUGCAAAGGGAGGGUACAUACAACUUUACUAAGCAAUCCAUCGCGCCUGGCGUUGCUGCGGCUGUGGAAGUCUACGUGGCUAUCGUCGGCGCAUGCCUGCCAACGCUAAUACCAAUUUACCGGAAGCUCCGUUGGGGCCAUCCUAAUGCACCCAAAAGGCCAACCCCUGUGGAUGGUAUCGUUACAAUUGGGAAAUUGUGCAUGGAAGAGACAUCAGCUACUCGAAAAGAAAUGGUUUCAUCACAGACGACAAACAAGCCUGAAGCGCUUGAUGUAAUCAUCGUGGGUGCUGGUAUAUCAGGAAUCAGCUGCGCUUAUCGGUUACAGAGUCAGCUCCCCAAUGCUCGCUUCACCAUUCUCGAAGGUCGGAGCGAGAUUGGUGGCACCUGGUCCCAGUUCACAUACCCAGGAGUGCGCUCAGAUGCUAUUAUGAAUACAUUGGCAUUUCCAUGGCACCUAUACCCGCAUCCGGAGCCAAUAGCGGAUGGCUCUCUAAUUCUAGAUUACAUCAAAGACGCUGCGUCAAAGUCUCGUAUAGCAGAGCGCAUUCAAAUGCGUCAUAGAGUCUCAGCUGCGGAAUGGUCCUCAUCACAACAACAAUGGACUCUCACGGUUGACCACGACGGAAAGCAAAAAUUUUACACUACACGCUGGAUGAUUCUGGGGACUGGAUACUAUGACUACGAAGCCCCGCUACAGGCUGAGAUACCGGGUCUAGAAAACUUCAAAGGAAAGGUAAUACAUCCGCAAUUCUGGCCCAAGGACUACGACUAUGAGAACAAGAGAAUGGCGGUAGUUGGAAGCGGGGCCACUGCUGUCAGCUUAUUGCCAUUACUUGCAGAGAAAACAAGCGAAUUAACGCUGAUCCAACGGAGCCCAACCUACAUCGUUGCGAAAGAAAACAAGUCAUGGACGCACAAGCAUUUACCACCCUCUCUAGCUUCGGCUUGCCAGCGUCUGUAUCAUACGAUGCACCAACACGUAUUUGUUGCAUACUGCGAGAAUUUCCCUAAUUCUGCAAAAGAGCGUCUCCGUAAGGAUACCGUAAAGAGGCUGCCAAAGUGGCUCGAGCAGGACCCCCAUUUCAAACCUCGAUAUAAUCCUUGGGAGCAACGGAUGUGUACGGACCCCGACGGUAUUUUCUACGAAGCCCUCCAUCGUCCUAACGUGAAGUUGAUUACCGGAAACAUUACGAAUUUCACAGACACCGGAGUACAGACCCAGGACCAUGAGACUGGCAAGAUAGACAUCACCGAUAUAGAUGCUGUCGUGACUGCUACUGGCCUGAAUAUGAAACUGGGUGGAGGUAUUGAUAUACGCGUCGACGGGGAGACCCUGUCGUGGGGUAAGAAGUAUAUCUGGAACGGCGCGAUGAUCGAGGGUGUUCCAAACAUGAUGUUCGUGUUUGGAUAUGCUGACAAUGCCUGGACUAUAGGAGCUGAUAUAACAGCCUUCCUCGUAGUCCGGGUAUUGAAAUACAUGGACCGCAAAGGACUGAAGACUGCAGUUCCCCAGCUGUCAGCAGAGGAUGCUACUACGGAGACUGAACGAAUCUUUCGACUAAAUUCAACUUAUGCCAAUCUUGCGGCAGAGAAGCUUCCUGUGUAUGGGAAGACAGGAGCUUGGCGGCCGAGGACGCGCCCACCGCAGGAUUACAUACACGCUCGUUGGGGCAGUUUUAGGAGUGGUCUCCAUUUCUCUACUUGA